AUGGACUCCUCGCUGGAUACCACGACACUCUCGACAAUAUCGCUGCUCGAGUCGCGUCUCUUGCGCAUCGAACACCUCCUGUACGGCCCGACCGCCGCGCCGCCGUCCCUGAACGCCGACUCCGCUGUCGAUGGCCUCGAGGAUCUCGAGCGGCGAUUCAACCAUCUUCUCUCCCGCAUCCGCGUCUAUGGCGAGCUUAUGAAGAUUUACAACUCACACCCGACUCUCUUCCAACCCCCGCCCCCAUCCGAGCCCCCCAUCCAGCUGGGUCCCGAGGCAGUCCAAGCAACUGUGCUUGCAUCAGCAGCCUCAUUUCCUGCGACAGCCUCUUCACUGACCUCCGUCAACGACUGCCCGAUCCCCGAGCCUUCCCAGAGUGCGAGCCUCGCGUCUCUCGUGCCGAGAAUGCGCGGUAUCGAAGCAACUCAGAUCGCUCAAGAGGCUGAGAUGGCACAGCUCAGGGAGCGGAGCGAGGAGGUUCUCAAGAAUUGGUAUCAGCAAGGUGUCCUUGGCGCCUCUGAGUUCGUGGCUGAUGUGGAAGGCCGAGUGGAGCGGGCAGAGCGCCGAGUCCGGAGGGCGGAGCGGGAAAAGGAGGAAGCGGCGGCCAUUUGA